CGUGUGACCAGUUUAGGUUGGUGUUAAUUACAAGUGUUGUUUGUCUUCGUCGCACUCGUCCGUUUUGUGUAUCGGCGUCACUCUCUCCCUGUGUAGUGUUCGUUUUUACCGACAUGGCGGGGGUGCUCGUUUAACACAACAGGGGGAAAUCCCUCUUUAUGUCAAGUGUUGAGUCUCUGGAAACUCAUUUAAAUAAGUGGUGACCCCAGUAGAUAUGGAACUCCACGAAGUCUCCGCCACGGCUGUGAGCCCCUAUCGCUGCUACGUCCGCGGCAAAAACCACCAAACGGAGGGCCCCAAUGUCCAAACGAUCGGUUUCAAAGACGGUCUUGCUGUGGUGCAAGUCAUAGAUAAAGAUAAGACUCCUGAUAAAUCCAUCGAUUUAACCAAACUCACUAAGAUAGUGCUGAAAGUCGACCCACAAACCGGCAAGAAGUACAUUCACAAGGACGGGAAACGGAUCGAAAUCGUGCCCCACACACUGGUCAAGAAUGAUAAAAAGACUGUGAACGGGGGGCCCCCCUUGCCGAAACUGAUCCCUGCACCGCGUCGUGUCUUUCCCAAGGUGCUAGUUCCAGUCAAGUUCCAACCGGUGACACUUGUACAGAGCAUGGGCCCCUUCAAAGUCAGUGUGGCCACCAUGACGGACUUUGAAAUUGUGGAGAAAAGUGCGCAGACCGAGGCGAAAAAUCGCAGUGUUUUGACACAAACCGACCCGGUUUUUUUGGACGAGAGGGAUUCCCUCUAUGUGGAACAGUUGUGCAACUUUAUUCUGGGUGAGAGCGAGCGAAGUGAGUGUGCAAGUCGCAGAAUGAUCGAUCCCGGGAAACUCAAGACCAAAGAGGAGAUACACAAGUUUAAUUUCUUCAAUGAUAUGAGGAAGGCACUCAAUUUUGACCCCUCGGGAAAUUUACCAAUCCACGAUAGUGUUAUCCAAAAUGACCUAAAACUCGUCCAAAAAAACUGUGUUGUUCUCAAGGCCAUUAAGGAAAGCGUGAAUAUUCUCAAUCAGCAUGGUUUUGCCCCCUUGCACUUGGCCAUCAUCCACGACGUGGACCUCGAGAUCGUGAAAGCCCUCUUCAGCCACGGCGCCGAUAUCUCAAUCUCCGACCCUGAGGGCAACACUGUCCUCCACCUCGCCAUCGAGCACCGCCGUUUAUCCCUUUUGAGGGUCCUCCUCUACAACUCCAAACCCUCAAAUAUCGACACCCUCAACUACGAAGGCUUCACACCUCUCAUCCUAGCAUGUUUAGCACAAUCGUACCAAAGUGCCGAACUUUUACUCCUUCAUGGAGCCGAUCCGAAUAUAAAAGACAUGAAAUCGGGCCGAACGGCGCUGUUUCAUGCUGCGGAAUGCCACGAUGUUGAUUUGGUCGAGCUUUUGAUUCGACAUAGAGCCGAUACGAAGAUUAGGAACUUUUUCGGGACGAGUCCACAUGACGCCAUGUUUGAAGUCGAGGAAAUACCGAUGAAAAUCAAGUAUUGUAUAUUAGGGAAGGAUCAUCAGAGGUUCCAAGGUAAGAAGAAAAGCGAUGGGAAAAGCGAACUGCCGGUCAAGAAGGCUAAACUAGAAACCACGCCCAUUUUGAGGAAAGUUACAACCAAUGAUUUGUUAGGUAUCAAGUAACACGGGUUAUUUUUUUGUGUUUGUGUAUUUUGGAAUUAUUUAUUUUGUCCCUUGAGAGAAUGACAGGACUUUUUUUUUAAUAUAUUUGGACUUUCUGUAUAAUUCUGGAAUUAUAGAUUAUGUUACUUGAGAAAAAGAGAGAAUUUUAGUUUAAUUGUUUUCUAAGUAAAAUGCAUUAAGAUUAAGGACUUCGUAUUAUUUAUCAUUAUUGUAUUCGAAAUGUAAAUAAAUAGAUCAGGUGACUUUA